AUGGGGAAAGAGCAGCGGUGGAAGCCUCAGGAGAGAAAAGGUUUUAGAGCAACCGGUAUUUCAGAGGCUUGUCAAAGAAGUGCCUUAUUGACUUGGCUGUUGUCUUGGCAUACGUUUAAAAGCUUUUAUUGCCAUAGUUGUGGCUGCUGGAAUGAGGAGGCAGGGAGUAGUAGGAAAGUGGAAAUUCCACUUGUAACAGAUGUGCUUAAACGGGUGGUGCGGAGCUGCGUGGCGGCCGCGGGGUACAGCGUGGGGGAGUUUGCGGCGCUGGUCUUCGCUGGAGCCCUCAGCUUUGCCGAAGCGCUGUACGCGGUGAAAGUCCGCGCCGAAGCCAUGCAAAAGGCGUCGGAAGCCGUCCCCAGCGGAAUGCUGUCGGUUGUCGGUCGGCGAGAGGCAAAUUACAAAUUUGCCUGCUUGGAAGCCCGUCAGCACUGUGAAUCGCUGGGCGUAGCAAACCCGGUGUGUGCUGUUUCAAACUACUUGUUUCCAGACUGCAGAGUCAUUGCAGGACACUUACAGGCUUUGGAGUUUUUGCAGGAGAAUGCCCGAAAAUACUAUUUUACACGUACCAAAAUGCUUCCGGUCAGUGGGGCUUUUCAUACCAGACUUAUGGAACCAGCAGUAGAGCCUUUGGCUGAAGUCCUAAAAUCGAUUGAGAUUCAGAAACCUCUGGUCUGUGUCUAUUCCAAUGUUGAUGGCAAAAAGUACAUGCAUUCAAAGCACAUUCAGAAGCUGUUAGUGAAGCAGGUGGUUUCACCUGUUAUGUGGGAACAGACCAUGCAUUCUGUAUAUGAAAGAAAGCAAGGAACAGAAUUUCCUUACACGUAUGAAGUGGGACCCGGGAAGCAACUGGGAGCCAUUCUCAAAAAAUGUAAUUUAAAGGCCUGGAAGCAGUAUAAACAUGUAGAUGCUCUGGAAGAUGAGGAAGCAGCAGAGACCUAA